GAAAAACAGUCAUUUCAAUCACUCUAUUCCUGAUUACUCAGGAUAAUUUAAAAUGUACCUCUCCCCUCCAGGUCCUCUGGAACACUCAUUAGAUGGGCGCUCUAAACCAAACAAGAGUGACUGAGUUUGUCUUCCUGGGCCUCACUGACAACUGGGUGUUGGAGAUUCUGUUUUUCAUACCGUUUACCGUCACUUACGUGCUAACUCUCCUGGGGAACGCUAUCAUUGUUGUUACCAUCGUCUUUAGCCCACGUCUGCACACUCCCAUGUACUUCUUUCUGAGCAAUCUGUCCUUCAUUGAUAUCUGCCACUCAUCUGUCACCGUGCCCAAGAUGCUGGAGGGUCUGCUCUUGGAGAGGAAGACCAUUUCUUUUGACAACUGCAUCGCACAGCUCUUCUUCCUACAUCUUUUUGCCUGUGCCGAGAUAUUUCUGCUGACAAUUAUGGCGUAUGACCGUUAUGUGGCUAUCUGCAUUCCUCUGCACUACCCCACUGUGAUGAACAUGAAGGUCUGUGUACAGCUUGUCGUUGCACUGUGGGUGGGGGGCACCAUUCAUUCGCUGGUGCAGACCUUCUUGACUAUUCGUCUUCCCUACUGUGGCCCAAAUGUUAUCGACAGCUACUUCUGUGAUGUCCCUCCUGUCAUCAAGCUGGCCUGCACAGAUACAUACCUCACGGGGAUUCUGAUUGUGUCCAAUAGUGGAACCAUCUCCCUCACCUGUUUCCUAGCCUUGGUCACUUCCUACACAGUAAUCCUGUUUUCUCUUCGAAAACAGUCGGCAGAAGGUCGUAGGAAAGCCCUGUCCACCUGCUCCUCCCACUUCAUGGUGGUUGCCCUGUUCUUUGGGCCAUGUAUCUUCAUCUACACUCGGCCAGACACCAGCUUCUCCAUUGACAAGGUGGUAUCUGUCUUCUACACAGUGGUCACCCCUUUGCUGAAUCCUCUCAUUUACACCUUGAGGAAUGAGGAGGUGAAGAAUGCCAUGAAGCACCUCAGGCAGAGACGAAUUUGCUCAUGAAAUCAUUGUGACAGCAACAGUCGUGGCUGCAUCCUUAAUGUGGAAGUAACAAGUGGCACUUAAGCACUGACCCAU